AUGUUGUGCAGUAGGAGAACUACAACUUUGGUGUCGACAUGUGUGAUCCUGAGCGGCAUGACCAACAUCGCGUGUCUCCUGUAUGUGGGUUGGAUCACCAACUAUGUGACCAAUGGUGGUCCCAAAGUAGCGGAGAGCAGCGGCGAAGCCGACAGAAAGUUGGAGGACGGCAAAGGGGAAACGCUGAGGAUUAUCGAGAGGCUGGACCAGCUGGAGAGCGUCGUCAACGAGCACAUCAAAGAGGAGUUCCCGUCGUUGCAGCCGUGUUCCUCGGCACCACAGCUCCAAGCGGCGUCACUUCCUCCCCUUGAGGCAUAUUCUGUUGCCUCCUCGGUGGUGUCCUCCUGUGGCGAGCACGACUGUGCGGCCUCUGGGAGCCAGUCUGACUCUAUACACAACCUCGCCAACUCUCUCAGCCACAUAGCAGGGCCCAACCCAUUUGCUGUCCAGCUUGGGGCAACGGCCUCUUACCCUCUUAGGUCCAUACACCCAGGCGAGGUCCCCAGCCUGGAAGUCCUGCCCCUUACCGUGCAUGUCAUAGCAUCGCUUCUGACGAACCCCUGCCUGCUGGGCCUGGUGUCUGGCGAAUCCGUGGGCCGUUUCCAGGCGGUCCUAGUGGAGCUCCGAGGGUGUUCCAAAGCGGCUGAACAUUCCUUGCACCAAGGCUUCGGCCACGGUUGUGGCUUCUUGGAUACGGCGGUUGUGCUGUCUGGCAAAACGGUCCACAAAUGCAUCCAGAUCCAGAGCCUUGGCCCUUCUGGACUCUAUGCUCAGGACACCAAGAUCACUGAGUCUCAUCACUUUGUCCCGGAGGUCCUUUGGCACGACCACCUGCCAGCGUGGCUCCCCAGUGGCUGGCUCACGCCAGCACCUCUUCAGAACUCCUUCCUGCAGCUCUACCCCAGGCCAUUGGGACCACAGGCCUCUGACUGUGGCCGACUGGGCCACGACAUCUUCCCAGGGCGGCCGGUUGUCUGUUUCCAGCCACCCCAUGACUGUUUUAAGGUCAGGAUCCACGGCCUGGAGUUGUUCGAUCCAUCUGGCGACUUGUCCUUCAGGCUCUUUAAAGGACAUGAGCCACUUCAAAGCAGCAUGAUCAGUGCGAAUGGUGAAUGGAAGACCGCAGAGGAUGUGCUUGAAAUGGUUCACUGCAUCAAUCACUGCCAACAGUUCCUUGCGCGUGACACAAUAGUUCCUCUCCGACUUAUCCAAGAGUUUAGGCCUUCCCGACUGUUCUCCCAGAUGCCUCUGACAGUUUUACCGGCUGAUGACUCUUCCCCAGAGAUGGGGACCACACUUGCAAUCCGUAUGACAGCAUGGGGGUGUGACUGGGCACAUGCGUCUGGUUCUGGGGGGCAGAAUCAGGCACUGUACAAAGGCGCCAUGGGUGACCUCUUUGGUGGCAUUUCCAGCAGACUUGGUUCUGUCGGUCGUCCGGCGACAUCGCUUUGCGUUCGUAGCCCGUUGGGUACGAGUGCUGCCUCCAAGGUCUGUGGGUCAGCGAGUCGGACUUGCUGGCGCAAUGGGAGGGAUCUUCCUCAGCUCAGUGUCAUCUUCAUCUUUGUCAAUGAGGCCUUGUCGGUGUUGCUCCGCCAUACAGCUAUCCAGAGGACUCCAUUACACCUGCUUAAAGAGAUCAUACUGGUAGAUGAACACAGCAGCAGCCUGGAGCUGAAAGAGCACCUGCAGAGAUUUGUAGAGGAGACCAACAUUCAGUACGGCCUGGGAUUCAUCAAGGUGGUCCGCCAUGACAAGCAGGAAGGAUUGAUCAGAUCCAGAGUCAGCGGAUGGAGGGCAGCCUCCGCUCCCGUUGUUGCCCUGUUCGAUGCACAUGUGGAGUUCAACACUGGAUGGGCAGAACCUAUUCUGCAGCGAAUAAAGGAGAACCGGACCCGGGUGGUGUCUCCAUCUUUUGACAACAUCAAGUAUGACACCUUCGAGAUUGAGGAGUAUCCACUGUCUGCUCAGGGCUUUGACUGGGAGCUGUGGUGUCGAUACCUCAACCCACCCAAGUCUUGGUGGACACAACACAACCACACCGCCCCUAUCAGGAGCCCUGCUUUGAUUGGCUGCUUUGUGGUCGACAGGAAGUACUUUAAGGAGAUUGGCCUGCUAGAUGAAGGCAUGGAAAUAUACGGUGGAGAAAACGUGGAGCUCGGCAUCAGGGUGUGGCAGUGUGGUGGCAGUGUGGAGGUCCUACCCUGUUCAAGGAUUGCACACAUAGAGCGCGCCCACAAACCCUACACAGACAACCUAACAGCCCACGUGCGUCGUAACGCUCUCAGGGUGGCUGAGGUCUGGAUGGACCACUACAAGAGCCACGUCUACAUGGCCUGGAAUGUUCCAAUGCAGAAGUCAGGAAUAGACAUUGGGGACAUUACUGAGAGAAAAGCCCUUCGAUCCAGACUCCAGUGCCGACCGUUCAGCUGGUUCCUCUCCAACAUUUACCCUGAGCUCCGAUCCUACAGCAACACAGUUGCCUACGGAGUGUUGAAGAACAAUCUAAGAGACAACCUAUGUUUGGACCAAGGACCUGACACUGACAAUGUUCCCAUCAUGUACCUCUGUCAUGGUAUGACACCACAGAAUGUCUACUACACCAGCUCUCAGCAGCUUCACCUGGGAGUAAUGAGUCCGACAAUCGACGAUGACGACAACAAGUGUCUUGUGGAUGUGAACAGCAGACCUAGGUUGCUGGAGUGCAGCUAUGCAGCUACCAAACACAUGAAGCUCACCUGGACGUUCACUCAGGGCGGUUCUAUCCGGAACAACGAGUCUCUACGUUGUCUGGAGCUGGUGGAGAGCAGACAGUCAGAGUUCAGUUUCCAGCUGGUCAUUCAGUACUGCACCGAUCAGAAAUGGACCAUUACUAACAUACUGACUGUCCUGCCACAGUGA